CGCGGCCGCACAACGGACCUGCAGGCGCGGAGCACGAUGCACCCGCGGCGCCGCGCGGUCCUGCAGCCCCGCCGCCGCCCCGCGGCCCGCAGCCCUCCGGGCCGGCAGUGAGUGCCUCCCGCCAGCGCCGCGGGCCGAGCGGCGGGCUCUGGGGUGGGGGAUCCGGGCGAGGUCUGGGCGGCUGUGCACUCCCAGGAAGCCCGCGCAGCCGGAGCGAGGGACGACCGUCCGCCACCCGCGGGGUACCCGCCGGCGGCGCGCAUGGAUUUAUGAAGACGCACAUGCCCGGAGUGGGCAGGACCUGGGCGAACUUUUCCCCCGGCCGCGCGUCCGCCGCUCCCCGCGCUUCGUCUCCUCUGCCCUGUUCGUCCGGCGGCCGCCGCUGCCCGCGAUGGUGGCCGCGCUGCUGGGCGGCGGCGGCGGGGCCCGCGGGGGGACCGUGCCGGGUGCCUGGCUGUGCCUGAUGGCGCUGCUGCAGCUGCUGGGCUCGGCGCCGCGGGGCUCGGGGCUGGCGCACGGCCGCCGCCUCAUCUGCUGGCAGGCGCUGCUGCAGUGCCAGGGCGAGCCCGAGUGCAGCUACGCCUACAGCCAGUACGCCGAGGCAUGCGCGCCGGUGCUGGCGACGCGCGGCGGGGGCGACGCGCCGGGGGCCGCCGCCGCCGCCUUCCCGUCGCGCUGGCGCUGCCCGAGCCACUGCAUCUCGGCCCUCAUUCAGCUCAACCACACGCGCCGCGGGCCCGCGCUGGAGGACUGUGACUGCGCGCAGGACGAGAACUGCAAGUCCACCAAGCGCGCCAUCGAGCCGUGCCUGCCCCGGACCAGCGGCGGCGGCGGCGCGGGCGGCCCGGGCGCCGGCGGGGUCAUGGGCUGCACGGAGGCCCGGCGGCGCUGCGAUCGCGACAGCCGCUGCAACCUGGCGCUCGGCCGCUACCUGACCUACUGCGGCAAGCUCUUCAACGGGCUGCGCUGCACCGACGAGUGCCGCACGGUCAUCGAGGACAUGCUGGCCGUGCCCAAGGCGGCGCUGCUCAACGACUGCGUGUGCGACGGCCUGGAGCGGCCCAUCUGCGAGUCGGUCAAGGAGAACAUGGCCCGCCUGUGCUUCGGCGCCGAGCUGGGCAACGGCCCGGGCAGCAGCGGCUCGGACGGGGCCCUGGACGACUACUACGACGAGGACUACGACGACGAGCAGCGGCCCGGGGGCGCGGGCGGCGAGCAGCCGCUGGACGACGACGACGGCGCCCCGCACCCGCCGCGCCCGGGCGGCGGCGCUGCUGCAGCGGGCGGCCGCGGGGACCUGCCCUACGGGCCCGGGCGCAGGAGCAGCGGCGGCGGCCGCUCGGCGCCCCGAGGCGCCUGGACCCCGCUCGCCUCCAUCUUGCUGCUGCUGCGGCCGCUCUUCUAGCCCCGGCGUCCCGCGCGCCGGGGCACCUGUGGUCUGAGGGCCAGAUGGACGGGAGGGUGGGGGACACCCCCCAGACUUUCCCAGGCCGCCUCGGCCUAGCCGGUCUCCCCUCCGCCACUCUUGGCACCUCCCAGUCUCCUCUGUCGAGUUUGACUUCUUGGACCUUCGCCCCCGCCCCUGUCCCAGGCCCCAGAAACGCCCGGGAUUCCGGGAGGAAACCUGCUUGGGGAACCGAGAUGGAGUCCUGGACUCGGGAGACAGGACGCUCACCAGUGAGGCCCUGACAGCUCCAAGGGACUGGGCUUGGAGCAGGGGGUCUGAAGGAGAAAUGACUUUUGCAAAGGGGCUGUUUAGGGGGGAAAAAAGUGCCUGUAUCGACUUUUAUUGAUUGUAGCCAGUGAGGGCAUGCAGUCUUGAGUCAACAGAAAAGCCCCAUUUACCAAUUCCUUCGUCUAAUCUUGGCCUCAGCACCAGAAUUCUCAGUGACCCUGGGGAUGCGGGCGGUGAUUGCUUUAGGGGGAACCCCUGAAUCGGUUUUGGAUAACUUUGAGCUCUUGACCUUAAUUUCAUCGCUACCACUCUGAUCUCUUAGCACGUUUUUGGGGAUUAAGGGUCAAAAAAUGUUGAUAUAAAGAGUUGCUACGGGGUUGAACAAUGCAACUUUUUAUUUUAAAAAGCUCUGCACUGCCAUCUACGAAAGCCUCUAUGGUGUUGGUUUGUUGUCAUUUUCUUUACAUCAAGAAAUUUUAUGUUCAAAUAUGCGGAGAAUGUAUACUGCCUCUGCUCCUAUCAGGGUGCUAAACCCUGGUACAUCGUAUAUAAAGUGUAUUAUUAAAACUGGGGUUUGUUACCAGUUGCUGUACUUUGUAUAUAGAAUUUUUAUAAAUUGUAUGCUUCAGAAAUAAUUUAUUUUAAAAAAGAAAAGUUUUAAGUCCCCAUCCGUGUUACACCUUUCCCCCCUGAAAUGUAUAGAACCCAUUUGUCUCCAGGGAUCCAAACCCCACCACAGUUCAUUGUGAAGUGUGCUCUAUCUAGAACAGUCUUAAAAUGUACAGUGUAUUUUAUAGAUUUGAAGUUAACAUUCUUAUUUUCAAAAGAAUUUAUGGACAUUGUAGAAAUGUAUAAAUGCAUUUCCAAACUGCCUUAAACAUUGUAUUUUUAUAAACAUUUUUUAAAAGUCCUAUGUUUUAA